AUGUCGGACGAUGAAGGUCGCCUGCUCAUCGACGAUGUACAGGAUGGCUCCGUAUCUAUCGACCAUGAACUGCCUGCAAGCCCUCUUGUAGACAUAAGAGACACAGAAAACACCUCUAUAAAUAAACUUUCGACACCCCUCACCGUACCAGUGUUUGGGCAACCACAAGUGACUUCUAGCAGUGAGGUGCACUUCCAUAGCAGCACGCCUUCGAAAACUCAGCGGCGGGAACCAUCGCCAUUUGCAUUUACAAACAAUCUUGUGAAGUUACAUUGCGAACAUGAAACUUCAUCGAACAACACGUCCUCUCCAAAGCAUAGGAAAAGACCUCAGCAAGAAACUGGCUCAUCCGUGUUUGCUCUGAAAAGCGAUAAUCAUUCCCUAGCAACCACUCCCUCGUCGAAAGGACGCACUGAUACGCUAUCAUCACGGAAGAGGAAGGACAGCUCCCUUGACGAGCACAAUUACCCUGACUCGGAAGCCGAAGAAACAUCGUCGAAGAAGCAUAAGCAGAUGCGAGACCGCGGAACGUGUGUCUAUUCUAAAGCGGUGCAAAGCGAUAUGGAUUGCCCUCUGUUUGAUCUAGAAGUCGGGGCAACGCGGCUUGUUGAAAUGACGGUUGUGUGUAAAAUGGAAAUGGGUCGAACAGUUCCAACGGUAGUGCAUGUGGUGACUCGAAUGAUAGGGCCACUGGCAGUGGUGCUAGUACUCCUUCUAAAUCUCGCAGGUGGACCUAAAAAAAUGUCGGACGAUGAAGGUCGCCUACUCAUCGACGAUGUACAGGACGGCUCCGUAUCUAUCGACCAUGAACUGCCUGCAAGCCCUCUUGUGGACAUAAAGUCAGCACAAGGAGACACAGAAAACACCUCUAUAAAUAAACUUUCGACACCCCUCACCGUACCAGUGUUUGGGCAACCACAAGUGACUUCUAGCAGUGAGGUGCACUUCCAUAGCAGCACGCCUUCGAAAACUCAGCGGCGGGAACCAUCGCCAUUUGCAUUUACAAACAAUCUUGUGAAGUUACAUUGCGAACAUGAAACUUCAUCGAACAACACGUCCUCUCCAAAGCAUAGGAAAAGACCUCAGCAAGAAACUGGCUCAUCCGUGUUUGCUCUGAAAAGCGAUAAUCAUUCCCUAGCAACCACUCCUCGUAGCUCAUUUUCUUCACACGAAUGUAGUGGCCUACAGGGAGAUAGCUCGGUUAACGGAAAGCGUCAAAAGAGGUACAAAACAAACGGAAUGUCGAAAGGACGCACUGAUACGCUAUCAUCACGGAAGAGGAAGGACAGCUCCCUUGACGAGCACAAUUACCCUGACUCGGAAGCCGAAGAAACAUCGUCGAAGAAGCAUAAGCAGAUGCGAGACCGCGGAACGUGUGUCUAUUCUAAAGCGGUGCAAAGCGAUAUGGAUUGCCCUCUGUUUGAUCUAGAAGUCGGGGCAACGCGGCUUGUUGAAAUGACGGUUGUGUGUAAAAUGGAAAAUAACGAGUUGUAUGUUGUGGCAAAAUGGAAGGAUCAGGAGUUUAGCGGCAUACUAACAGAUGGGCAUCCCCCCGCAUAUCUGCCUUACAUGAAGAAAAGGUCGACAACGGUGGCUGGCAGUGGGUCGAACAGUUCCAACGGUAGUGCAUGUGGUGACUCGAAUGAUAGGGCCACUGGCAGUGGUGCUAGUACUCCUUCUAAAUCUCGCAGUCAGCAGCCAGGAACACCUCGAGAUCCGAAGAAGAGAGUUCCGUCUUGUGAAACGAAGCGGAAGCUGUCCUGCUCGCUUACUCGACCUGGUAGCUCAAUAGAUCCACCUGAUGAGGACGAUGAUCUUGAUGUGGAGGCUUCGGCCAGCGGAUCUGUUUCGAACCUGGAUUCGUACAAACUAAUCGAAGUUCCUGGACGAAAAUCCAUGCAUAUCUGUACCGUAGACGGAUGCCAGCACCGAUAUUCUCGCAGUGAAGAAAUGGAGUACCAUAAAGCUACGGUGCAUGCCAAGAAGGCGGUGAUGUACGAAGCCAUAUGUUGUCAGACCGAUAUUUCCGCAUUCCGUCGGCGUUCUGUCGAGACUGACGUCGAUGGACUGGCCCAUAGUGAAUCACCCCGUCCAUCGACACCGUUAGAAGAAACACCCGUGAAGAAAAUCCAUGCAUAUCUGUACCGUAGACGGAUGCCAGCACCGAUAUUCUCGCAGUGA